GUCGUUAUUGAAGUACAACGUACACCACUGAAUGAACUAAGUCUUCUCGUGUUGGAUGUAUACAUUUGCUGUAUAUCAAAACGAAACAUAUCAGCAAUUUAAAUCUCAACCAUACCAAAUGGAACGACAACAUUGGUGUUCAUUUUGUCUUAUUCCUUUUAAGAAUAAUUUGAGUUUAAGAGCUCAUCUUAAAAUUCAUGCAAAACAACCACCAGUUCCCUGUAGUCUGUGUCCGUUAACAUUUGUACAUCAUAGUCAAUUAGGAAAUCAUCUCAGAUAUAGGCAUUCGGAUUAUAUCAUCAACACGUUUGUUGAAAAUGCUGAAACUAUUUAUAGAAAAAAUAUAACAGACAUCACAACUGAGGUAGAAUCUGAUUCCGAAUGGACAGAAAGUUCAGAGGAAGAAGACAUUAUAACAAGCAGUGGGGAAGGAGAAUUUUCGGAGGAAAACUAUGACAUGAUCGAUACAGAUUCUGAAAGUGUGGAAGUGCCCGUUGAAAACAUUUCGAAUGAAAUAAAAUACAUAUUAGCACAAAAUGUGAAUGAUGCUUCUGACAAUGAAAAUCCCGUAAGCGAAUUUGAUCUGAAAGGAGUCAAUACCAAACAUAUGAAUAAUUCAGAUGGACAGCAUGGCAAUGUAACGAGUUGUGAUGUUUCAUGUCUUGGCAAAUUAGAAAGGGAAAAAGCAGGAAGACAUUAUUUUAAUGUCACAAGAAACAUUCCUAAUUUAGAAGAUAAUUCUAAACGACACAUAUUACUUCAGCACACGAAGUCGGCGUUCCUAAAUUCAGAUGACAGUGUGUGUACUCAACGACCUAGUUAUAACUUCAGUGAUGAAGAUGCAGACCCUGAUUUACGGGAUGAAUAUCAACAUGAAAAGACUGCAGUACACACAAAAGGAAUUGUACAGCAAACCCAAUGGGUUGAUUUGGAUAAAAAAGACGAAGACAAACUGGAAUAUUGGAAAAACAAAACUAUGAUAGGCCAAAAUGGUGUUCACGAUGAAGAAGAAUUAAUACGAGUAAAUGAAGAUCAUAAGCUCGCAGUAGCAGAUGUGUACAGUCCGGGACAAGCAGUAUGGAAGGAGGCUAUCGACAUACUAAAGGAUACUUUUAUGAAAAAGAAGAAAAGAGCUAGGAAAAGAGGACGGUUCACUACAACAAAUACAGUUUCGUUCACAAAGUGGUUACCUGCUAAUUUUCCCGUGGAAGGUGUCAUGUGUGGUUGUGGAAGAAACCUUAAAACACCGAAAUCGCUUUUAUGUCACUUACGAAGAAAAAGCUCCACCGCCCGAAAAAAUGUAAAGUUAUUUAAAAAGGGAAUAUAAUCAAAACAAUUUACAUGCUUUUGAAGAUGUUACAUAGUACCAUGCAUAUCUUAUUUUAAACACAUUUAUGACGGAUGAACAUUGUAGAAUAUAAAAGUGCAAUAUAUUUACAAUUCCUUAACUAGAUUAAUACUUCAGAGGAUCUGCUUUGUUUUUAACUCUUUUUCAUAGACGCUUUUUAAAAAGCAAACUCAAAUGUCAUGGAACAGAUAGCGAAUAAUAAGAUGAAAAUAAAAAAAGGUGCAUCA